AUGACCAUAGAAGACCUAAAGCGUUUAUGCCAGCUUGGCAGUAGGACUCCUGGACAUCCAGAGAAUGUGGUCACCAGUGGCAUUGAAGUCACUACUGGGCCACUCGGACAAGGUGUAGCAAAUGCAGUAGGUCUUGCCUUGGCUGAAGCUCACCUAGCUGCUAGAUUUAACAAAGCUGAUGCUGUCAUUGUUGAUCACCGAACGUAUUGUAUAAUGGGGGAUGGAUGUGCAAUGGAAGGAAUAGCCCAUGAAGCUGCAUCCUUGGCUGCUCACUGGAAGCUCAACAAGCUUACCCUGAUUUAUGAUGAUAAUCAUAACACUAUUGAUGGACCCACUACGCUGGCUUUUUCCGAAGAUAUAUCUGCUCGGUUCAAGGCUCUUGGUUGGCAUACAAUCUCAGUUGACGACAUAGAUGCCGAUAUGAGAACAUUGAAGGAUGCACUUUUCUCUGCUUUCAGCGAGACAGAGAAGCCCACUUUCAUCAGGGUGAAAACCCUGAUAGGGAAACUUUCUGGGAAAGAAGGGACAUCAAAGGCUCAUCAUGGGACCUUCAGCGAAGAUGAUGUAAACAACAUGAGACAAAAAGUAAAAUGGACUGAUAGAGAACCUUUCCAUGUCAUCCCUAUUGUAUACAGGGAGAUGCAGAAGCAAGCAGAUAUUGGGGAGAGACUGGAAAAAGAAUGGCACACCAACCUUUACUCGUACCAGAUCAAAUAUCCUCAAGAGGCCAUAGAAUUUCAGAUUCUUCUUAGUGGGGGUUUGCUUCCCGGUUGGGAAAACUCGUUGCCGAGGUGGUCACAGUCUGAUCCAGUGGACGCCACCCGUGGACAUUCUGAGAAGUGCUUAAACCAGCUUGCUAAGGUUCUUCCUGGGUUGAUUGGUGGGAGUGCGGACCUUGCAACCUCCAACAAAGCUUACCUCCACAAUUAUGACGACUUCCUGCCGAGCUCUCCAUGGGGUUGUAACAUCCGCUAUGGUGUACGAGAGCAUGCAAUGGGGGGCAUCUCAAAUGGCAUCGCUUUGCAUGGAAGCGGACUCAUCCCAUUCGCGGCCACAUUCCUUAUAUUCUCAGACUACAUGAAGAAUACUAUCCGGCUUGCUGCUCUGAGCCACGCUGGAGUGAUCUACAUCAUGACCCACGAUUCAAUCGGACUAGGGGAGGAUGGUCCUACUCACCAACCAGUGGAGCAGCUCGCAGGACUCCGGGCUAUCCCACACCUCCUAGUCUUCAGACCGGCCGACGGGAACGAAACUGCUGGGGCCUACAAGAUCGCAGUGGCGAACCGGGCUGCUCCUAGCCUCAUCGCAUUGUCUCGGCAGAAAAUAGCUUCAAAUCUCACAGGGACGUCGAUGGACGCAGUCAAACAGGGCGGUUACACGAUCAGCGACAACUCAGGGGAGCAGAUGCCCGAGAUAAUAUUGAUUGGCACGGGAUCGGAGCUUUGCCUCUGCGAGGGGAGUGCAAGGAGGUUGAGGGAGGCAGGGAGGAGGGUCAGGGUGGUGUCACUCGUGUGCUGGCGCCUCUUCGACGGGCAACCGAGGGAGUACAAGGAGCGGGUGUUGCCCUCGAAUGUGGUCAAGCGCGUGAGCGUGGAGGCCGGGUCGCCAGUCGGGUGGAGGGAGUACGUGGGACGAGAGGGCGUGGUGGUUGGGGUGGAUGAGUUUGGUGCAAGCGGGCACUAUUUGGACACAUUCAACAAGUAUGGCUUCACUGAGGAGAACAUUACCCGGAUUGCCGAUAUUUUGCUGUGCAAGUGAAGAAGCAGAUGCUGAUCGUUGGUGCUUUUUCUCGAUAGGCGAGUGCAUACUCCGACCGUGUCAAAUAGUGAGAAUAAUGAUCACAUGAGAUUGACAUAUAAGGUUGUCCUGCUUGCAUUUUAUAGAAGGAAAAUCUUUCAACAUGGGAUUAUCAAUGCGAUGUUGUUUUUCUCAA